GAAAAAAAAUAAAUUAGCCGGGCGAAGCGCCAAGCCGGGAGCUCCGAGGGACGUGCCCGGAGUGGGGAAGCGGAGCAAUUCGGGGGGCGAGCCUGCCCGAAAUGUGGGGAGCGCCGGCUGCCCCGCGGGGCCACCCCGCUCCCCCCUGCUUGCUGCCGGUGACCUGCCUUCUGGCACUGCAUGCAGGUCUGCUGGCAGGGGUGAACAUCACCAGCCCCACGCCACUCGUGCGCGGCACGGCGGGCAAAGCGGCGCUGCUGUCCGUGCGCUACGCCAGCGCCAGCGCCGACAAGCCAGUGGUCAAGUGGCAGCUGAAGCGGGACAAACCCGUCACCGUCGUCCAGUCCAUCGGCACCGAGAUCAUUGGCAACCUACGGCCCGACUACCGCGACCGCAUCCGCGUGCUGGAGAACGGCUCGCUGCUCAUCAGCCCCUUGCAGCUGACUGAUGAAGGCGCCUACGAGGUGGAGGUUUCCAUCACUGACGACACUUUCACUGGCGAGAAGACCAUCAAUCUCACUGUGGACAUUCCCAUCUCAAAGCCACAAGUGCUGGUGGCCUCCUCAACGGUGCUGGAGCUCAGUGAGUUCUUCACCCUCAACUGCUCACACGAGAAUGGCACCAAACCCACCUACACAUGGCUGAAGGACGGGCGGCCGCUGAGCAACGACUCCCGCCUGCUCCUCUCCCCUGACCAGAAGAUCCUCACCAUCACCCGUGUUCUCAUGGCUGACGAUGACGUCUACAGUUGCCUGGUGGAGAACCCCAUCAGCCAUGGCCGCAGUGUCCCCGUGAAGCUCACUGUUUACCGACGGAGCUCCCUCUACAUCAUCCUGUCCACAGGCGGCAUCUUCCUUCUUGUCACCCUGGUGACAGUUUGUGCCUGCUGGAAACCCUCCAAGAAGGAGAAGCGACAAGCAGAGACACAACCAACCUCUGACUACACUGAGCAGGAUGAGGAGCGUCUGAAGCACGAGGCCGAAGGCAUCCCACGGAGCGGUGAGCACGAGCGCAAGAACCCAGUGGCUUUGUACAUCCUUAAAGAUAAGGACUCCCCAGAGGCGGAGGAGGAUUCACUGCCUGAACCCCGCGGCACAGUUGAGCCAGGUUACACCAGCUCGCCAGUUCCAGCGGCCGGUCGCUCGCCAGGACCAGUGGGGCGUUCGACUCGCCGUUACCAUCGCUCGCCAGCUCGCUCGCCCGCCUCGACUCGGACCCACAGGUCACCACCGGGCUCUCCGGCACGGUCCCGCGGCGCUCCGCGGCUGCUGCGGACUGCCGGCGUCCACGUCAUUCGGGAGCAGGAGGAGGCCAACGCCGUGGAGAUCAGUGCCUGA